UCAGUCAGAGGUCAGACAGUGGGCUGACCUUUGACCUGACUGAGGGAUUGUUUUUGACUUUGACACACCUGCACAGCUGAGGAAAGAGGCGGAGCAACAUUGGAAAGGCAGAUUUUCAGCGUCACAUUCCACCUGAAAUGAAAGUCACAGCAGGUCAGAAACCCAGAAGAGCUGCAGUCGAUAUCUGAUUGUCUCUACCAGCUUUAAUUCACCAGGUUUUACUCAACAACUCAGCAGUCUCUGUCAAACACCGGGUGUGGAGAUGUCUGAAGCCAACUUUUUGCUUUCUGAGUAUCAGCUUUUGUGCUCCAUUUGUCUGGAAGUUUUCACCAAUCCAGUUGGCACACCAUGUGGACACAACUUCUGUAAAAAGUGCAUCACUGAAUACUGGGACAUUAAUAUUCCUUGCCAGUGUCCAGUUUGUAAAAAGAUUUUCUACUCAAGACCUGAGCUGCAGGUCAAUAUUUUCAUCUCUGAGAUGGUCAAUCAGUUCAAACAAAAUGUGACUAGCAGCUCAGAGCAACGAUCUGCUGAAACAGGAGAAGUUCUCUGUGACGUCUGUCCUGAAGCCAAACUAAAAGCUGUGAAGUCCUGCCUGGUGUGUCUGGUGUCCUACUGUGAGACUCACCUGGACCCUCAUUUGACAAUGUCAGGCCUGAAAAGACAUCUGCUGAUCGACCCUGUGGAGAACCUGGAAGGCAGAAUGUGCAAGAACCAUGACAAACUACUGGAACUGUUCUGCAAGAAUGACCAGAUGUGUGUCUGCAUGCUCUGCACUUUUUUAGACCACAAGUCACAUGAUGUUGUUCCUCUGAAAGAAGAAUAUUAUGGAAAGAAGGCUCAGCUUUGGAAGACAGAGGCUGAAAUUCAGGAGAUGAUCCAGAAGAGACGACUGAAAAUUCAGGAAAUCAGUCAGUCAGUCGAGCUCAGCCAGAAAAAUGCAGACAAAGAGAAAUCAGCUGGUGUUCAGAUCUUCACUGCUCUGAUGGAGUCUGUUCAGAGAGGUCUGAACGAGCUGAUUGAGAACAUAGAGAAGAAGCACAACACAACUGAGAAACAAGGUCAACGGUUCAUUGCAGAGCUGGAACAUGAAAUCUCUGAGUUGCAGAAGAGGAGCUCUGAGGUGGAGCAGCUCUCACAGUCUGAAGACCACCUCCACCUCCUCCAAGGCUUCCAGAACCUGAGCCCUACUUCACCUAGCAAGGACUGGACUGAGGUCAGAGUCCAUCCACCAUCAUAUGAUGGGAGUGUGGUGAGAGCUGUGAGUCAGCUGGAGGAGACACUCAGGAAAGACUUGAAGAACAAAGUGAGUGAAGCUAAACUGAAGAGGGUCCAGCAGUAUGCAGUGGAUGUGACUCUGGAUCCUGAUACAGCACAUCCCAACCUCAUCUUGUCUGACGAUGGAAAACAAGUACAACUUGGUGAUGUAUGGAAGAAACUCCCAGACAACCCAGAGAGAUAUUCGUAUCAAGCCUGUGUUUUAGCAAAGCAGAGUUUCUCUGCAGGUAGAUUGUACUACGAAGUCCAGGUUAAAGGGAAGACUAAGUGGACUUUAGGAGUGGCCAGAGACUCUGUCAACAGGAAAGGAAAAAUCACAUUAAGACCUCAGUAUGGUUACUGGAGAAUAGGUAUGAUGAAUGAAAAUGAGUACAAAGCCUUUUCUGACCCUCCAGUCCGUCUCUCUGUGAGGUCUCAGCCUGAGAAGGUCGGGGUGUUUGUGGAUUAUGAGGAGGGUCUGAUCUCAUUUUAUGAUGUUGAUGCUGCAGAUCUUCUUUACUCCUUUACUGGCUGCUCCUUCACUGAGAAAAUCUACCCUUAUUUUAGUCCUUUUCUGAAUGAUGGUGGCAAAAACUCCGCCCCUCUGAUCAUCUGUCCUGUCAAUCACAUUGAGUAACAUGAAUAUUAUAAUUUACAGUAAUCAAAUCUGUUUUUAUUUAGUUUUAACAGUUAAAUAUGGAUGGAGAUUCAUGUUACACACACACACACACACACACACACACACACACACACACACACACACACACACACACACACACACUGUAUUACAGUUAGUUUUGUAAAUGCUAUAAAGCAUAAAUGAUACUGAAUUCAUAAAAAUUUCAAAUGAUCAAACAGCUGUAUUGCUCUAUCCCUGUUAGGCAAUUAAAAUAUUGACCUCUGAAAAUGGCUAUCAGCUUCUUUG